CAACGAGUUAGUCCAGCCAGCGCUUUAAAUUUAAAAAUGCUGUGUUGGCCUGGUAAUAGAGUUUUAGUUUCAAGGUUGGAGGAUUCAGACCAGAUUUCAUCAAGGAUCUGCUGUAUGUUAUAAGUUUGAUUCACAUUAAAUUUUUUGGAAUUAUGUAUUCUUCUGUUGAUAUGGUAAAAGUUUCAAAGUCAGUAUAUAUUAUGGAAUCAAAUUCCCCUGAAAGAGUAGAGAUGAAUUUAUCUCAGAAUGUAAGACUGGAUGCUACAGGUGCUGAAAGAAUUUUGCAAUUUAUUGAAAAUGUUCCUGGGGAUUAUGGAUCACCAUUACCAGAAAAUGACAAUGUGCAACAUAACUUUUUUGAAAAAGGAAGAGAUCUUGAAAGUGCUUUUGUAAACCACAAAUAUACUGAUGCAGAAAAAAAACUCCUCAGUGAAUAUGAAAGCUUAGAUUAUUUACCUCCUCAUAGUAAAGUGUACAAGCAAUGGCUGCAUCAACAGCCAGCAAGAAUGGAUUGGGACCACUGGGUAAUGAUGGGUCUGAUAGGAUUUCUUGUAGGUGUCCUUGGUUUUUUUCUACAUCAGUUCAUUGAAUUGCUUGCAGAUUUAAAAUGGGAAAAGGCUAGGGAAUAUAUUGAAGAAGAUAAUUUUAUGCAUGCUUGGCUGUGGGUCAUUGCUAUCAGUUUAUUAUUUGUCUUCAUCAGCUCUUCAUCUGUAGUACUUCUGCGUCCAAGUGCUGCUGGUUCUGGAUUGCCUGAAAUAAUUGCUUACUUGAACGGUACAAUUGUGCGUCACAUAUUUAAUGUCAAAACAUUAGUUAUCAAAUUCAUAUCGUGUGUAUUUGCUGUUUCAAGUGGAAUGCCUGUUGGACCUGAAGGACCAAUGAUUCACCUAGGGUCACUAGUGGGUGCUGGAUGUAGUCAGUUAAAAUCCUCUACUUUGAAAAUUAAUCUACCAUUUUUCAAAAGAUUCCGUAAUUCAGAAGACAGGAGGAAUUUUAUUUCUGCUGGAGCUGCAGCUGGAGUGGCUUCUGCUUUUGGUUCACCUGUUGGAGGUUUGUUGUUUUCCAUGGAAGAAGUAUCGUCAUUCUGGAAUAUGAAAUUAUCAUGGCAAACUUUUUUUUGCUGCAUGAUUUCAACUUUUACUUCUGAUCUGUUGAAUUCAGCUUUUACUGGAUUUCAUUAUGAAGGCAACUUCGGAUUAUUCAAAACUGAAAAAUAUAUUUUAUUUCAGGUUGUAAGAAGAAUUGAUUUAAAUAUUAUAGCCCUUGUGCCAACAAUUAUUGUUGGAGUGCUGGGUGGACUUCUAGGCACUCUUUUCACUUUCCUGAAUUUAAAAGUUGCCAGAGUUAGAAGAAAAUUAUUGUCUUCUGUGAAAUCUAAGGGAGUUAAACAAACGUUACAGAUCACUGAACCGUUGAUAAUAAUGAUUAUAAUGGGAACAUUAUCUGUAUUUCUUCCGACAUUACUGCCGUGUACUACAUUUGCUUGUGAUCAUAUGGAUGAAAACGGUGAUUGUUCUUUGUCAAGUGGAAUUCGAGUAGAAAAAAGUGUUGAAUCCUAUAAUUGUUUCAUAAAUAAAACUGGAAAUAUUCCGAAAAAGAUUAUGUAUAAUACUAGUUAUAAUGAAGCGGCUACUUUGCUAUAUUUGACUGGUGACAGAGCUAUACAUCAUCUUUUUUCUCGGGGAACUCAUCUCGAAUUUAAUUUUUUAUCGCUCUUAGUUGUCCUACCUUGUUAUUUCAUUCUUGCAUGCUGGGCCGCUGGAACUUCAAUUUCAAGUGGAGUAGUUAUUCCUAAAAUGUAUAUUGGUGGUGUGAUGGGUCGCCUAGUUGGUAGGAUCAUGGUUGAAGCAUUUGGAAUUCAAACUGAUUUGUAUUGGGCAUGGAUGGAUCCUGGUGCUUUUGCUUUGAUAGGUGCUGCAGCUUUUUUUGGUGGAGUGUCUCGUCUAACGAUGUCGUUGACUGUCAUAAUGGUGGAACUAACAAAUGAUGUGCAGUUUCUUCUAUUGAUUAUGGUUGCAAUAAUGGUGUCUAAAUGGGUUGGAGAUUAUGUGACUCAUCCUUUCUAUCAUGCUCAGCUGGAAUUGAAAUGCAUCCCAUUUUUAGAUUCAGAGCCAGUAGUGCUAUUUGAUGGAACAAGAAACUUAAAUUUGGAAUUGUUUGAAGCUAGCCAUAUUAUGUCAAGCCCUGUUGUAACCAUAGAAACAGAAGUAUCUGUUUCACAGGUGGCAAAACUUUUACUAGAAACAAAUCACUGUGGUUUUCCUGUCGUCAAGCGAUCGAAUAAUAUUUCAACGUUUUUUGGUCUCAUUACUAGGACUGAAUUGAGUGUUCUGUUAUGUCAUGAAGAAGCCUUUGAUUCUGAUUCAACUUUCCCAUUGCCUGCAGUAGAUUAUUCACAGUUUUGUGAAGAUGAUGUGGAAAAGUUGGGAAAAUCUACGAAAUUUUUGGAUAUGCUGUCUAAUCUGACAAGAGAUGAAUAUUCGGAGAGAUACCUUAAUUUGAUCCCAUAUGUCAACAAAUCAGCUGUUUGUGUGCGAGGAGAGUUUUCACUUCAUCGGGCUUACAUUAUAUUUCGAUCUCUUGGAUUAAGACAUUUAAUUGUUGUAAAUGAAAGUAAUGAAGUCGUUGGAAUUAUCACACGCAAAGAUUUAAUGGGCUAUAACAUUGAGGAAAAGUUGUCAAAAAUUUAUGAUUCAUUCAACAGUCGAGAGAUGGCAUCAUUUGAGGAAAUUUCAUGAACAUUUUCUUUGAGGGAGAUUUGUUGAAAUAUAUUAUGCUACUUACUUAUAAUUUGAAAAUUUUUACAUUACAUAUUCUUUGUGUUUUAUUCUACUGUUAUACGCAAACUUUGACAGCCUAGUAGAGGCAAAUGUAAUUGAUAAAUUAAAUGAGAAUUGAACAAAAGAAUAUAUAAAUAUUUCUAAAUAGCCAUGAAUUUAUUUAGUGGGGUUUGCAAUUCUUGGAUCUGUCAUAUAUAAAAAUAUUAUCGAGUCCUAAAUUUUUUGACCAUUAGUUGUAACAUUGAUGUCCGAAUAACCUUUGUCGCUAUUAAAUUUAAUUAUUCUUUCCUAUUAUUUUGUGGUGUUGAAGCCUUAAGUGAUUACAGGUGAUCCGUUUCAAUGUACCAGAAUAAUGACGGCUUUAUCUGAAUUAUUUAAUAAAAUUAACACUAAAGGAAAAACUAAUAGUUAUUUUAUUUGUAUGUUAUAUAUAUGAAAAUUUGUCGAGAAACGUACUUAUAUUCUUUUAUUUUUUCUAUUGUUGCAUGAUAUUUUCUUAAAUAUAUUUUAAUACGAAUUUUAAUGACAAUCACAAAAGUUUUUGAUUACUCGAAAAUAUAUACACGAAACGAAGAGGUGACAUUAAAAGAAAAUGAACAAAUUUUGAAUAUACCUAAAUAGCGUGUUCAAUUAUUUUUCUCAAAUUUUAUUGAGUCUCAUUUACUAACUUUUUCUGAACCUCCCCCCUUCCGAUAAAUAAAAAUACAUUCUACGUAUGAAAGAAAUUCAAAAAUUUCAAAAUUAAUGGACAAUUAAAUAAUAAGAACAGAACCAAAAAAAUUGUGACAUACUCCUCUCCUGUUUUGAUUUUUGGGGUUGUAUCUUAUUUCUGUCUGUGAACAUUAUUUUCAUAAGAGGGGUGUUUUUGUCCACGAAUAUUGUAUCUGAAAUUAGAAAAUCCUUUUAUCUCUUCAAAAAGUUUUUGUAAGAAAACUUUGUCCUAUCAUUCUAUGAAAACGAGUUGUUUUAAAAUAAACUGUGUUCUAGAAUUCCCCCUCCCCCUGUUUUCUCAUGUAGGCCGUUUUUUGUUUGUUUGUUCAUGUGCUUAAAGCAUGGGCAUUUAAAAUUAACAAUCAAAAGCUGUAAUAAAAUGUUUAAAAACAUAUAUUCAGCUGUGAACUAGCACGAUUUUCUUACAUCAGUUUCUUGUGGAACAGUGUCAGCAAAUGGCGCAUUAAUACACCCCUUAUAGAGUAUAAAAGAAAUGCUCAUAACAAAAAGUUUUAUUACAAUGUUUCUUUGUCAUAUUUAUUUUUCGAAUAACUUUACUUUAACUCAGACUUUCUAAAUUGAAUAUUUUUCUCUAUGGGUAUUUUUUUUUUUUUUUACAUCCUUGUAAACUGUUUAUUGUUGUUGCUGUUUUUUAUGCUUGUCCUUGAUAUGGAAAAAAAAUGAAUUUUGUUACAUAUGAAUGUUUUUUUUAUGUUUUGUUUAAGAGCUGUUGAGCUUACAGUAAAAAUAAAUACAUGCAAGAUGUUCCAAAAAAGUGGAACAAGCAUUUUUUUUUUUUAAAUAUUGCAAUGUUAUAUAUAUUUCUAUUUGUAAAUUUUCAUUCAAUAAGAUAAGCUGCUGCAUGAAAGUACUCUGGCUUCUGUAGAAAUUGAUAAUAAAAAGUUACAAUAAUUAAAUAUCUAUACGAUCCGUGGUGUGAAAAAAGUUCAGCAAGUGAAAUGUUUCUCAACUCAACUCUCAACUCUCUAAGUUUAAAAAUUUCAUACUUCUAUAUGUAAAUAAGAUAUUAUAAAAGACAAAUUUAUAGUUUUAGGUCAAUUUUCAAAAUUCAAAUUAGUUUUUGAACGAAUCUUUCAUUGCACAUUUCAGGAAAAUACAAAUACCACAAUAGGUUAUUAAAAGGGUGGGAUCAAAAAAUACUAAUGCAUUUAUGAACUCUUAUUGAAUUUUAAAAAUCGGUCAAAUAGUACAUUAAUUGAAGUAUUUAUAUAACUCGUUCGAAAUUAGCAGCUUUGGCAUUUAUACAAAGUUGCAUUCUUAUAAUAAUCAUUUGCGUACACACAACCUGUUUCAUCACUUAUCACAUCAAGACGGGACUAUUUAAAUUCGACUAAAACGCACUAUGUGUACUGGAGACGUGUUAUGCACAGAACAUAAGCGACCUCAUGGAUAAAAGUCAAAAGGCCUCAUACCGGAUAAUGUAGAAAGAAAUUCAACAGGUCUUUAUUAUCCAAUCCACCUGUAAGGGAAUUUCGCAUUCAACCAUCUUUCCAUAGCUGACGUAUGCAGUAUUUAAUUGCAAGAAAACGUAUGGAAGCCCUGCCGAAGACAAUUCAUUCAUUAACUCUGACACUCCAUUCAAAACUAACUGAAUAUGUCUUUCAUCAUACUGCUGUAAAAAAUUGAACCAACCAACAAGAAAAGCAAUUUUGAAAAUGCCAGUGAAAUUUAGAAUGCAUAGAAAAUUGCUAGUGAUACUUAACCUUUCAUACAAAAAGUGGAUUUUUGUCGUUUUGACGAAUUAUGCUUUCUCUAUUAAUGUCCCAUUCAUCUCCCCCAAUUGAAUUUCUCAGGAAAGUAGAAUUCGAUUUUACCUGAAGUAAGACCAAAUUACAAAAAUCUAGCCAUUGGUCGUGAUCUAAUUGUCACAUUCAAUAUGACAAUCAGGUUCGUUAACUAUGAAAAUUAACUUUUUAGUUUUUGAACGGCUAUCUAACAUUUAUUAACUUCUUUUAAGAGGAAAUAAAACUUACAUACACAAGCUACAAGAACCGAUCUAAACAGUUUCAGUUAAUUCUACUCCUCGGAGUUUUUUUCCCCCUUUCGAGUUGAGGUGUCAGUUCCUGCUCCCUCAGUCCUGCUUCCGUUUCAUGGGAAAUAUAUCUCACGCAACACUCCCACUUUUUGAGUUUUAAAGUACACGAUUAAAAUUCAAAAUUCUGCAUACUAAGUUCAAAGGUUCAAUCGUUUGGGAAUCCGGAUCUCACGGCCUAGACGAGUUGUCUUGGCAUUCUGUUUGGAUUUGAAUUUAGGCUAGACUCUUCUAGCUCCUCAGGAUAUAUCACAUCUUGUUGGGGUCUAGUCUCUUUUACGUGUUCAAUUUCUCAGGUUUGUUUCUCCCUCAAAUCCUCUCCUAAGGGAGCCUGCACUUCAAGGGCGUAGAGACGUUGCGCAGGUCUUAAAAAUUCCUCGUUUUUCGUUUUCACUCUCGUAAGCCCAACAGUGCCGUCUUUCCCGGAGAACACUUUAAGUAUCCUGUCCAAUUUAGCCACUUUUGACUUGGCACUUCAACUAUGACUAUUUUUCCCACCUUGAAGUCAUGGAUAUUUCUGAUUUUCUUCAUUUGUUCUCUUAUUUGCCCCAAAUAUUCCAGUCUAAAAGGACUUCUGAUAUGUUCUUGUAGUUUAAACUUAUAUUGCUACCUCUUGCGUAGACUGUUGCCAGACAUAUCCACGAUUUCGAGGUUUGAAACCUCAUUUCUAUUUGGUUCUCUGAGGAACAUGGAUGGUGUUAAAGGUUCCAAAUCAUCCUCUUCCGAAAUGUAUGUGAUAGGUCGUGAAUUCACGUAACGCUAUUUUCCUUACUCACAGGUCUGUAAGGGAGAUAAUGCACAUUUAAACCCUGCUUGUCUUUGACUUCUUCAAUGACACCUUCAAAAAUCCAUUUAUCAAAGACAUCUGUAUACACUUUCACUUUAUCAGAUUCGACCUUUUUGUUAACAUAAUGAAGGCGCUUCUCUGCCAUCUGUUGGUUGUCAGGAAGCCCCGGGGUGAUUUUAAGACCCAAGGUAAGGCAACCUCGUACCUACCCUCUUCGUUGAUCAUCAGAGUGCUUCGAAAAUAUUCCAUUAUAUCUUGAUGCCUUUCAGUCUUCUUUUUUGACUCGGUAGGGUCAGAAAUUCCUAUGGCUUCUAACUUCUACAAAUCAUUUAUGAUACAUUCGUUCACUAGUAAGUCUAUCACCAUCAUGGUACUGUUAGAGUUGGAACUACUGGGUGAUUUUCCGAAUAGCGUCCAGCCAAACAACGUUUUUAUGGUUGUUAGUCCACAACUGAAGUUGAGGAUUUUCCCCGUCAUUAAUUGUCCUACUAUGUCAGCACCUAUAAGCAAAUGGAUAAUAGGAGAAGAACAAAGUGGAAAAUAAUCUUUAUCAGUUAAGUCUAUGCCAUUAGCUUCUAGUUCUUUAGAGAAGAACCCCUCUGGCAUCAGGCGAAUCUCAGAACAAAUCUUCUCUUGGUGAAGUACAUUGAACGUACAAUGGUAUUUCUUUCUAACGUCGCUUACAAAAAUUCGAUAUUCCAAAUGUCUCUGUCGAUCGUCAGCCGCACCAAACAAGGUAUGCACGAGAGUUGUUUCCCUCACAGCAAUAUAAUUCAUCUUCACAGUAGCCUCCUUCAUUAUGCACGAUUUUUGACUUCUGGUAUCUUUAAGUGCCCUUUCUGCAAAAUCUUCGUUUUCACUUCUGAGAAGUACAACAAGAGUUUGAAGGAAAACAUUUGAGGAACAUGUAGGAUUUGGCAGUGUCUUGAAAUGCUCAACAUUCUUGACGCCAUUGGCUUCUUUAUGGCAGAGAUAUCCGUCAGUUUUUGCAUUGGGGCACAUCACAGCAUGAUGUCGUUUUCCACUGUUCUCGCAGUUUACUCGGACCUUACACCUCUUGGACACGUGACUAGUAUAUAAACAUCUGAAGCAACAGCCUCGUUUUUUCAAUCUUGCCGUUUGAUCAUCUAAAUUCAUGUUUCCAGCAAAAUGGCAAUCUUUUGAUUCAUGAUUAUCUUUAUCACAAAAGAUGCACUUCAAAAAAGAUUAAGAGUUUCUAUUUCCUGAAAACUGUUCGUUUCUGUUGCCGUUUGGUAUUGCACUUCUUUUCUGAGAUCCGUCAAAUGUUUAGUUUCUCAGGUUCCUACUCACUUUUUUAUUAAGUCGAAGUUGCAACUAUUAACCAAUUAAGGUAAACAGUAAUAUGCGUGAUUAUCAAAUUUCUUUCAAGUCAUGAUGAUUAGACGAUGUACAAUUCGACAAGUAUUGACAGUUUUUACGUUUUGAAUAAUUUUACAUUUUUAAAAUAAAUGCCUCCAUUUGAAUUUCUAAUAAGAUUCACUAAAUUUAAAAAUAAAUCUAAGCUUGCAUUUUUAAAAUAAAUGCAUCUAUGAAUUUGUAAUAAGAUUCUCAAAAUUUAAAAAUAAAUCUAUCUUCACACGUUUUGCGGAUAGAAAUGUAAAACUUUAUAUGUACAUAGAUCAAUGUAAAAUAAACAUUUUACUAAUUUCCAUUUUAGAGGCAGAUUAAAAAUGUAAUUUUUAAAACUCUUUUUUUAUUAACCUCCACAGAAGCUGAAAUGUUUUAUUUCUAUUUGCUUAUCUUAUUUUUUUUUAAAAAAACCUUUGUAAUUAGAUAUCUAAUGAUAUAUUUAGAGAAAUAAACUUCCUAUUUCCUAUUGGGGGGGGAAUCCUGUUUAUAGUAAAUGUAUUGUUUCCGAUUAUUGAUAUUUCUUAUUCGAAGAAAUAUCACCGCUUCCAGUUGUCGAUUUACACAGAGAUGUAUUGCCUAAAUUUUUAUAAAUUUAUUUGCUUUACUUCGUGAUUUUUUUUCUUUGCUUGAGCAACAAUUAUUUUGUGGUAAUAAUUCCAGUUACAGCCAGUGUUUUUGUUGAUUAUUUAUUUAUUUUUGAAAACUACGCCGGUAGUUUACAAAA